GAGCCUCGUGGGGCCGCGAGGCGUGGCCCGGGAAGCCGCUGCCGGACCCGAGGCUCGAGCUGAAGAGGUUGUACCGGACAACCCCGCUGAACAAGUAUUACGUACCCAUUGGGCAAGCUUCCCGCGCUGAGCCAGACCGACCCGCGCACCGCGCUCGCCUUGCAUGCGCCCGCGUGCUACCCGAGGCCGCAGAGCUCCCGCGUGCAGCGGCUGAUGGUGAGGUGGGAGUCGAUGCCCUCCCUGAGGCCGCAGCUGCCGCCAGGCAGCUUCGAGGGGCUCCUGGACGCCGGCUUAGGGCCGCCGCCGCCCCCGGACGCAGAGGUGACCAGGACCGACGCUCGAGCUCGGGCGGCGGCGGCGUGCGGAGCGGCGGUCGCGGCUCUGCCUCGCGCACGAGGAGCUCCGGCGGCCCGACGAUACCAUGCACUUGCUGCGACCGGUCCGCGCCCAAGGUGCUCUCCGUACCGCCGUCGAUGCGAGCUUCUGCCCGCACUGCAUACUCGCAGGGCCUGCGGGGCGGCGCCUGCGCGGAGCCCGCCGCGGCCAACGCGGCGCCCGCGCCGGCGUGA